AUUUUUCAUACAUUUUACUUUGUAUUACCUACCUUUACUACAAAAACAAAUAGUAGUAAAAUAAUAAAAUUAUAGCAAUUUGGAUUCGUCAAAGAUGCUAAGUUAUUCUGCACCAAGCGCUAUAAAUGUAGAAUAUUCUGUUGUCAAGUUUGAAGAGGAAGAAAAGGAGUCUAACAUCAGGGAAAUAGAGAGUGAUGAUCCGGAGCAACCUUUACAAGAAAUUAAAAACACCACUAGUCAGGACAGUGUCCAGAUUCGCACAGUAGACUUAAAUACUUCUCAUGAAUGGCAAUCGUUAAGCUGUCUCACAGAUAGUUCUGAUCAAAGUGCUCCUAUAAAUUUUGAUAUGAGCAACAGGGCUAAGUUACCAAGAGGAAUCGAUAAAAUAAGGCCCCACAUUGAGAAUAUAGAUAACGUGCCACUGCUAGUAUCUCUGUUCACCGACUGUACUGCAGCAACAACUAAAGAGAUGGUGCACAUAAUGCAAGAUUAUGGUGAAGUUAUUUGUGUUUUUGGCUCAUCUGCAAAUUUCGAAAAUGGCGGAAUUUUCAUGAAAGCCGAUGCCAGUAUUGCAGUGGAGCCUUUGUAUCCACAAGUGUGCCAAAAAGUAAAGACCUUUAAGCCGGUCACAGAGGGGAUAAGUCCCGUAGAAUUAUCAAGAAAAUUAAAUAGCAUUAGCUGCUCCUUGUCUAUUAAAAGGGAGGACCCUAUAUUGUUUCCUUACCUUAUAAUGGACGCUAGACAUUUUAUGUACUGUUUUUGGAAUUGUGUUCAACUAUGGUUGUGCUGUUGUGCAACGACAACCUGUUUACAAAUUGCUGCAGCUUUAUUUAUGCUGCCCCCUAUUUUAACACCUGGCCAGGUCUUGUGGCUAUGUUGCGUUAUUAUACCUGUUUUGAGUGUGUCCUUGAUUGGUAAUCCAACUGAUCCGGAUGUUAUGAAAAGACCACCAAAUAAAAGACAUACGGUAUUUAAUUCAGAGGUUGUGGUUUUUACGAUGUGGUGUUAUGGCACCAAAUUUUUGCCUGUGAUAUUUUUUGUGCUAUUAACAUUCACUGGUACUUUAGCUAGUUAUUGUACAGACAUAUGUUAUAUGCGUAACUGCGAAUGUAUGCUAUUUUACUUGCCUAUCGAAGGACAGAACUCCACAGUGGUUGGGGGUUGGUCUGAGCAUGGAAACACAGUCUUUGCCGCCCAGAAUUUUGCCGUUAUUAUUAUCCUUUUGAAUUUUGUUGCUGUAUCUGCUGGAUUUGUUCAUCGCGAAUACAACGUUUGGACUCAAAGUCCCCAUAAAAACUGCCUAUGGCUUGUAACUAUCAUAUUUAUGCUAGUUCUUCAGACACUAUAUACGGUGAUAAGUUUCAGAGAGAGCUCAAGACAGUUUGAAAGCGAUCUGGGCUUUAAGAUUUCCAAUUUUACAAUUAUUUUGGCAUUUUUGUCCCCUUUCUUUACCUUCCUGAUCAACGAAGCCAUAAAACGUUACGAAAUAAAGUAA